AUGUUGAGGCUCUGUCUGCUGUUGUACAUCUCCGUUUCGUACGUGUUGGCGCUGUAUUUUGCGCCGGAGGAUGUGUCCGAUUACAAGACGAAGCGGGACGACCCUCGGGUCAUCAAGGCGCGGAUGAGACAGAUCGUCAAAGUGACCAUACUGAACGUGGUCGUCGUGCCGCUGGUAAUCAGCUUGUGUUCCACCUCGGGGGUGACCUUCAAAGGUGCGUUUCUCGAUCUUGGGAUCCUUCCGGGCCACUACAUUGCCCGUGGUGGACAGUGGGAUCUUGCCUCUUACGUGCGGGACAUCUGGCGGUGUCUCGUGCUGGUCAGUUUACUGUACGUGGGUCCCCUAACGGACGCUGUUCUGUGUGCUGCUCUUACUGGUGUACCGGCGAAGCAGAUCUGUUCGGAUCUGUGGGGCCAAUUCAACGACGUGUGGGGGGUGAGAAACUACUUGUUCGGUCCCAUCAGUGAGGAGCUAGUGUACACUUCAAUGUUGCUCACCACGUACAUCUCGCUACAGGGUCCAGAAGCUGAUCCCCUGACGCUUCAGAGAUUGUUGUGGCAGCCCUCCGUUUACUUUGGGAUAGCUCACUUGCACCACGGCUACGAGAUGUUCGCCAGCGGGACUUUGACCCUGUGGCAGAUCGGGGUGACCGUUACGUUCCAGAUGCUGUACACUACUGUUUUUGGUGCGCUGACAAACUACGUGUUCCUGCGCACGGGGGGGAACCUGUGGGCAUGUAUCGUGUUGCACUCGUUUUGCAACUUCAUGGGGUUCCCGCAAGGUUCUGAAACGACGUUCCAGUUCACGAUCUUGACACCGGCGAGAACAAAGAGGGGCGCGGCCCUUGUGUCCCUUUGGAACACCCUCUACUACAUACUGCUACUCGUCGGGCUUUUACUGUUCUACUUCGCUGCUGGUGGGCUGGUCACCAACGAGCACUCGUUGCAAGUGUGA